AUGCCAUUGACAACGCUGGUGCUUGGACCCGAACUUGCGUUUCCUCAAGCCAAGCUUGAGAUUAAGGCUGUCGCAGCUAUUGGCGGUCUUUUCCGGCAGUGGAACGCAUUAAAUGGUCAUUUUUGCCUGAAGAAUCUCGCUGCCUCCGAUAUUUUCCCACGGCAUCCGGUAGAAACGGAUGUCGUGGUUGUCGAGGCCGGCUUUUCUGGCCUCGUGGCAGCCUACGAAAUGCAGCAGGCAGGCCUAGAGAUUGUUCUUUUGGAGGCAAGGAACCGCGUGGGUGGCCGAAGCUAUUCAAUCCCCCUGAAAAGUGGCCCAUGA